AUUUUCAACAGAACUUUAUUUUAAACUGCGACAAGAUGCCGGCAUUACGCUUUCUCUUAUUUUUAACAAUUGCAUUUAAAAUCGACGCGGCAAAAAUAUUAACAGUGGCACCCCUUCCUUCCCUCAGCCAUCAGAUCAUUUACCGUCCGAUACACGAUGAGCUGAUCCGACGAGGACAUGAAGUCACAUUCAUAACGACCAACCCAUCGUAUCCAAACGGCGACGCACCGAAAAAUCUCAGGGAAAUUGACGUCGGGCCAGCAUCCUAUGAUAUGUGGACUAAGGAAUUUAAUGUAGACGUGUUUGGAAAGAAGGUUUUCUUAACUAAAGGCGUCAACAAGACAGUGCAUCUAGCUCCCAAAAUAUUUGGGAUGCAGCUGGCUAUGGAGAAGGUGAAGAAGGUUAUAGAGAACAAUAAUUACGAUCUGUUGAUACUGCAGGGCUGGUUCCGCGCCACCAUGCUAUUAUCCCAUCUACACAAAGUGCCCGUGGUCAAGAUAUCUUCUUUUACAAUGAUGUACGACAACGCGCUCACUGCCGGAGCUCCGAGCCAUCCAUUAUACCACCCAAACAGCUUCCAACAAAGAGCGUACAAUUUGACAUGGUGGGAGCAGAUUCAGGAAGUAUACAACAGUUUGAGCGUGGAGUACACGUUCUACAAAAACGAAGAUGAAGAGACCGCGAUGCUGCGAAGAUUCUAUCCGGACAUACCGGAUCUAAAUGUGCUAAAUGACAAUGUGGACAUGUUGCAUGUGAACGCGCACCCCAUGUGGGACAAAAACCGCCCGAUGCCGCCCAACGCUGUGUAUAUAGGUUUUAUUCAUCAAAAACCGCCGAAACCUUUGCCUAAGGACAUCCAAGAGUAUAUGGAUUCAUCUGAAAGCGGCGUGAUCUACAUGAGUUUCGGUACGAACAUCCCGCCCUCGAAGUUGCCGCAGAACGUUAAGAGGAUGUUUCUGAAGGUGUUUUCCGAACUGCCGUACGACGUGCUAUGGAAGUUCGACGAGGAUCUGCCCGACCUCCCUCAAAACGUCAAGAUAUCAAAAUGGUUUCCGCAAUCUGACAUAUUCAGACACCCGAACCUGAAGUUGAUCAUAACGCAAGGCGGGUUGCAGACGGCGGAGGAGGCAAUAAUGGCGGGAGUGCCAGUGGUGUGCAUGCCGUUCCUGGGGGACCAGUGGCUCAACGGGGAGAACUUCGUGCACCACGGCGUCGGGAAGAUGCUUGAUAUCGAGACUGUCACCGAAGAGGAGUUUAGGGAUGCGAUUGUUACUGUCAUUACUGAUGAAAGAUAUCGCACGCGCAUGUCUCGGCUGCGUGAGCUGGUGCUUGACCGGCCGCUGCCGCCACUGGCGCGCGUGCUGUGGGCGCUGGAGCACGCGCUGCGGCACGGGGGGCGCCACCUGCGCUCGCCUGCCGCCAACCUACCCGCGCGCCGCUACUACGAACUUGACCUGCUCGCCAUCUGCAUCACCGCUGCAUUAACCCUUGUCUCGAUACUUGGGUUUGCUGUCUACUACUUGACGAAAAAACUUCUGCGGAUGUUUUACAUUAGAUUUAGCGUAAAACCAAUUAUUACUAAAUAUUAUAAUUAAAAACAGCUUUAAAUAUGAACUGAUUGUAAAUAAUAAUGUAAUCUGUACCUAGAGAUUUUUCAGAUUCCAAAUUUAUUUAUUUGCCUCCGUCCUAACCAUGGAAUGAUAUUAUCUAACAAUGAUAUACGUUAUAGGUAUAUACCUACUACAUAUAUCCAGACUGCGCAGGAACCAUGAACAGAAACCACCGUAAACAACCAUUGGUUCUCCCACCCCCUAGCUUUGACCGCGGAAGCCAGAACUGUUCUACUAACUAAUAGGUACUCCCUUCUGAACAUACCUACCAAAUUUCAUUUACCCUCUUUAACGAAGAUAUAAUCCUUUACUUAAGUGUAUUUGAAUUCAUAAAUAUUUAUAAAGAAUGGAAUAUGCGUUGGGUAUAAUUAAAAUUUGGAUUUUUUUUAAUAAAUGGCUAUUAUUUACUUUUUGUCGUAAAUUAUAAUGGGUAUUUUAUCAGAUGGAGAUAAUUUCUUUUGAAGCCAUAAUUUAAGGAUAUAUUGUAAUAUUUGAUAUCAAUUACCAUAUUAUAGUUCUUUAUAAUAUAGACGAUAUAAAUAUGACAAUGUAUACUCAAACAUGACAGAAGGUCUCAGCUUUUGAAAAUUGACUCAAAACUGCAUUGUAUAAAAUGAUAAUAAAUUUUACUUAUAAAUAAUACUGUAUAUUCCAUAUGAUAUAAAAACUAACAUAAAAAACCUAAACUCAAAUUAAAUCAUUUAUUAAUUAAAUAAAUCCAAAUAAUUGGCAUUUUACAAUAAAUAAUGUACUAAUCUAAUCAGGUGCGGGUCC